AUGUUGUUCAAAUUUUUAAUUCCAUUCAUUAUAUUUUGGGCGGCGGAAGGUGUGAAAUUGAGCAGUAAAGAAAAUUGGAUAUUGAAGAGGAAUUGCGGUCGAUACGUUCCAGGAUUCAAUUCUGGAAAUGAGCGAGGAGGCGACGACACGUUCAAAGCACUUUAUGGUGUUGAAAUGAAGUCCGGACAGGCUCCAUGGGUUGUCUCAAUUGCGAAGCGUUAUAAGACCAUUUAUGGCAACGAGGAGUAUCAUUCGCAUGGAACCGGAACUUUGAUAUCGCCUUAUCAUGUUGUGACUGCAGCACAUCUUGUUGGAAUCACAAGUAAUCCGAAACCGAAUUGUGAAACUGGAGAAAUGCGCGACGCCAAAUUCAUGCACAAUUCCAAUGAUUUUGCGCUUUUCGUGAAUGUCACCUGCUCGGCGCCGGGAGUUUGUGAAACCCUUCGUCGACCCGACCGAUUCGAACCGCUUGAAGUGAGCAAUGUCUACAUCAAGAAAGGCUAUGUCGGCGAUGGAUGCGAGGAUCGCGAAUCCCAAAAUGACAUUGCGGUUUUUGAGCUCAAAAAUCCGGUGCUAUUUUCGAAGAACGUCUGGCCCGCUUGUUUGCCGCCAAGGGGAUACUCUCCAAAAAUGGGAGACGAAACGUCUCUUUACGGUUAUGGACGCGAUCCGUCGCACGAGGGCACCAGUAAGGAGAUGGGAGUUCUUCGCUCGAUCACGUCUAAGGUUGAUGAUUGCUCUGUCGAUCUUACUAUCAAGCACUUCUUCUGCACCACCGCCAACAAUGACGGGCUCUCGUGCGACGGGGAUAGUGGCUCGGGUGUGAUCCGCGAAAACGGAAGGAAAAAAGAAGUCAUUGGUGUUCUCUCGGCAGGUGUCAAUUGCAAAAAACUCUUCAAAACGCAUCAAAAGCAAGAGAGAAAUAACGAGGAUCUCACCAGAGAAGGUGACGUGCUUAUGUCAGUUUCCGACUUCCUCCCAUUCUUCUGCAAAUGUUGCGGACUUUGCGCAUAA